GAUUACUAAUGGAGAGAAAAUCUCUUAUCCUCUAAAAGAUUAUAGGGAAGGGAAUAGAUAAAUGGAAAUGAGAAGAGAAAACAAAAUCAUUAUUGUUCCUCCUACAAGUGCUCCACGCUGUGCGAAGAGGCCGCACUUAGAUUUUUAUCACGGCCUGGAAAUCGAUUUCCCAUAGAAAACUACGAAAACCAAUGACGCCCGCAACUCUCAAGAUGCAGUUAAUCAGCCUACCGCCGAGAUAUGUUCUUGCGAGUAUGCUCUGCUCUUUCGGCGGGUUUCUGUUUGGGUUCGAUACUGGUAUCAUCGGACCCGUCACUGUGAUGAGUAGCUUUCUCUCACGUUUCGGCCCGUUGUCGUCGACAGUCCACGGAUUGGUUGUCUCUGCCAUCUUAAUACCAGCUGCAUUUUCGUCCUGCUUUGCUGGGCGUGUUGCGGAUUUCCUCGGGAGACCAAGAGGAAUUAGCAUCGGAGUGUUCAUUUUUGGCUUGGGUACUGCCCUAGAGGCGAGUGCAGUGAAUCUAGCGAUGUUCAUUAUCGGUCGGUGUAUUGAGGGUAUUGGCGAAGGACUAUAUCUCGGGACACUACUGGUGUAUAUUUGUGAAAUUUCCCCGCCAAGCAAGCGAGGACCACUCUCAACCGGUCCACAGCUAUUCAUUACUUUUGGUCUGGUCAUAGGCUUCUUUACUUGCUAUGGCACAACGAAAGUCGAUUCCUCGCUGUCCUGGAGACUUCCCUUCAUACUCUUAGCGAGUCUGUCGUUCGUAUUCUCAACUGCAUCGCUCCUCUGGCUUACUGAGUCUCCGCGAUGGCUCACUUUACAUGGCAACUCAGUCGAAGCUUCGACAACCUGGGAUCUGCUCGGAGUCGGACAUGCAGAGCGUGAGAAAGUGGAAGCCGAGCAGAUGAGAGAGAUGAUUGUGGAGGGCUCAGGCGACAUUGAUGGCCCUUCCUCAACGGAAGAUGUAACCAAUGUCACCCGCGUCCACACGAGGCAGCAACCACGCCACAAAGGAAGUUUCCGGGAGCUUUUUGCUCACGAUGUACGCGGGCGUACAGCCCUUGCACUUUUCAUGAUGGGUAUGCAACAGCUUAGUGGUAUUGACGGGGUUCUAUAUUAUGCCCCCCUUCUCUUCCAACAAGCCGGAUUAACGUCCUCUGAAUCAUCCUUUCUCGCCUCGGGCGUUUCCGCCCUUGCGAUAUUUGGUGUCACCAUCCCAGCCUUGAUCUGGGCCGAUCGCUGGGGUCGCCGUCACAGCACCAUUUUCGGCGGCAUCGGCCUCACCGUCGUCAUGUUUCUAGUCGGAGGGCUCUAUGCUGGAAACGCUGUGCAUGCCAAUUCCGGCACUGGCCGCUGGAUUGUCAUUGUUUCCAUUUACAUAUUCGCCGUAAUAUAUUCGCUAUCUUGGGGAGUUGGCAUCAAAAUCUAUGCCGCAGAGAUCCAGCCCCAACGCACCCGAGCGGUGGCAACCAGUCUGGCUCACGGUAGUAACUGGGCUGCUAAUUUCCUGGUUGCUCUUACUACUCCAAUCCUCCUAGCGCGUAGUAGCUUUGGGAUCUAUUUUCUCUUUGGUGGGUGUGCACUGAUUACCACUGUUAUCUGUGCGUUGUCAAUGCCCGAGACGAAGGGGAGAUCGUUGGAAGAAAUCGACGAGGUUUUCAAGAGCAAGAAAUUUGGAUCGAAGAGAUGGAACCAGGCUAUUCGGAAACUCUUUAGUCAACGAAGUGGUGAGAAAUAGCUCAAUGGGAAGUUCAGUUUCACCGGUUUCGCAGGGCCAAAUGGGAUGAAGUUGACGACGCAAUAUUGCCAUUAAUUUCUGAAGCCGUCUUUUUUUGGUUGGGUAGAUGGUUAUUUAAUGAUAAAAUAAAGGAUAUUAGACUGGGAU